AGUUACCAGUGAAAGCUUUGAGAUGAGACAAGGAAGUAAAUGUCUCUCGAAGUCGGAAAGAAAGGACAAAGGAGAACGAAGGGAACUGAAGAAGGAGACGAAGGAGGAUGAGGAGGAGUGAGGGAAGGAAGAGAGGAGCAAGGGAGGUAAAGGAGGCAGCGAGUGGCACUAGCUAGCAUCUCUACCCCGCCAAGGAAGGGAGGAGUGCCACAGUGCCCAAAGCCUCGCCAGAUGCCAGUCCAACGUUAGCUCGUGGCGGGGUGCUAGGCGAAACAGAAUAAGAAAAAGAUGUGAAAGUGCGGAAAGAAAUGAACUAGUAAAUUAUAAAGAAAGACAAGAAAUAUAAAGGAAAUAAAUAAAAAACAAGAAAAUACGAAGAAAGGAAGUGUAAAGAAAGAAUACGAAACAAGGAAAAGAAAAGAAAGAAGGAAAGGAAAGGAAAUAAAAGAGGAAAGCAAGAAAGGAAGCAAAGAGUGAAAGGAAGGAAGGAGGCAAAGAAGAGAAAGGAAGGAAGGAAGGAAGGAAGGAAGAGAGAGAGGAAGGAAAACUAACAGAGGAAUUCGCACUUCAACAACAACAACAACUACUACUACUACUACUACUACUACUACUACUACUACUACUACUACUACUACUACUACUACUACCACUAUAAAAUGCAAAGUAUGAAUGACGCGAGUGAAGAAAAACAUGAAAAAACAAAGAAACAACAAAGCGAUUUAACGUGAAGAAAGACCAGAGAGAGAGAGAGAGAGAGAGAGAGAGAGAGAGAGAGAGAGAGAGAGAGAGAGACCACCACACCACCACCACCACCACCACACGACCACCACAUGUAAUAAUGCCUCGCUCAGCCUCCCUCUUCGUCCUCGUCCUCGUCAUCCUCGCAGUAACUCCACCUAUAAGGGCAGAGGGUGGGAGGGUCAGCAGACGCCAGCCCCCCGGGGAGAUGGUGGUGGUGGAGGGGGGCGAGGCCAGCCUACCCUGUGCCAUCACCCCGCCCACUCCCGGGAACACCCCCACCGCUGGCAAGACUCCCCGCGGCACCGUGCAGCUCGUCCUAUGGUACAAGGACGGCUACAAAGCGGCCUUGUACAGCUACGAUGGACGCGACCCCCACAAUCCCGUACACUGGAGAAACAGCAACGGCGGCACAGACAGCAGACAGCUAUCCUUCACCCUCCCGCCCACGCCCCCGCCCAUGGACAUGCCCCAUCUCGCCUUCCUCAAGCUCACCGACGUCCAGCCUUCUGACGAGGGCGUGUACAGUUGCCGCGUCGACUACCACCGCGCCAGAACCACGGAGACCCGAACCAAACUGACUGUCGUGGUUUCACCGUCGCAGCCGCUGGUGGAGGUGUGGGCGAACGGGAGGUGGCGCGCGCCCACCAGGGAGGCCGCCGCUACCCAGGUGGAGAUAGGGGCACGCCUGACCCUGAGGUGCACGGUGAUGGGAGGUCUCCCCCAGCCAGAGGUUACGUGGUGGCGGGGCGGGGAGCAGCUGCUGGGGUCGGUGCGGGUCGUGGGCGGCGAGGCUCGGAGCGUGGUGGAGGUGGAGGUCGGAGAAGCAGACGCCCACACGCCCCUCGUCUGCCAGGCCGCCAACACUCCCCUGACGGCCCCACUUCGAACCCCGCUGCACCUCUUGGUCUUGUCGUCGCCGUCGUGGGUACACAUCGUGGGUGCCAACAAACCCAUGUCCGCGGGGACGGCCUACAUGGUGGAGUGCCGAUCGAAAGGAGCGCGACCCCCGCCCGUGCUCACCUGGUCAGUGGGCGGCGAAACCAACGUCUUCGCCUCCUCGCAGACUGAUGCAAAAGGGGAGACAGUGAGUCGCCUUCGGUACAUCCCUGAGGCCAGCCACGCCGGUUCGCUCCUGACAUGCACCGCCCGCCCGCCCGACCACACCGCCGGCAGCACCCCGACGGCCUGGCUGAAGAGUGACUCCGUGACCCUGAGCAUCAUGUAUAAACCGGAAGUGGAGCUCAACUUUCGUCGUCUACAAACUUCGAAAGGAAAUAAGAAGAAGAAACCCUCCCCCUUCACCCCCUCCUCCUCCUCCUCCUCCUCCUCCUCCGAUAAGAGUGAACAGGCCGAUGCCAAAACCAACAACGACAGAGGAAGAGAAGGAAGAAGAGGAGGAGGAGGAGGGCGAAAGAGAGGAAACGAACCAGUACACGAAGAGGAAGGAAGAAGAGAAGGAGGAGGAGGAGAAGGCACACAGCAGUUUACAGAGAGCAAGAAAGAGAUUGAGGAGGAGGAGGAGGAGGAGGAGAAAGGGGAGGACGAGGAGGGGGAGGAGGGCACAUAUAGUUUGGCUGAGGGGGAAGGUGGGGUUCUACAGUGCCAUGUGAGAGCCAGCCCGCCCGCUUUCCACGUCAGCUGGCAUCGUGACGGCGCGCCGCUCACCCCCGGCUCCCGCGGCACCUGGGGCGUGGUGGUGAGCAACAUGAGCGUGGUGGUGCAGCGGGCGCGGCGGGAGGACGCGGGGGAGUACACGUGCACGGCCCACAACCCCGAAGGCUCCACCCGCAGCGACCCCGUCAGGCUGGCGAUCAACCACGGCCCUGAGUGCCAGCGGUCCACGCCCCUGGUUAUGGGCGCGCCGCGCCACCACCCCCUCAACGUGACGUGCCACGUGUCCGCGUACCCGCCCCCCGCCGGGUUCUCGUGGGCGCUGCGCUCUUCCGUGGGUCUGCUGCAGGUGCCACAGAACAUGAUCACCUGGCGGGACUCCACCUCCUGGAUCUCGUACACGCCCCGCGGCGCGCAGGACUACGGCGAGCUGCUGUGCUGGGCCCACACCAGGAGCGGCCGCCGCCAGGAGGAGCCCUGCGUGGCCCGCUUGCAGCCCGCAGACACUCCCGACGCCCCAGAACGGUGCCGCGUCUCCCGCAGGACACCAUCCACCCUCACCGUGUCCUGCACCGCCGCUCACGACGGGGGACUGCCGCAGACCUUCCACGUGACGGUGUCCGCCGGGGAGCGCCACGUGAGCAACGCCAGCAGCGCCUCCUCCGAGGUAACGGUGCGCGGCCUGCAGCCCGACACGGCGUACAGCCUCACGCUGUGGUCCGCCAACACGCACGGCGCCAGCAGGCGCAUCACGCUGCAGGCCUCCACCACGCCCGCCAACAUCACGGUGUCCACCUCCAGCAGCAUGAACGGCCACGUCUCGGGGGGCGGCCCGCGCGAGGAGGGGCCACUCAGCACCCUGGGUCCGCCCCUGGUGGCCGUGGUGGCCGUGGUGACGGUGGUGGGCGUGGUGGUGGGCGUAGUGGCGGGCGUGCUGACCCGCAACAUUACACUCCCAGUGCGAUACUCCGCCGACCACGACGACGACGACGAAGACUACCACGCCGCGCCGCCCCCCUCACCUGGCCGCCGCCUCAAGGUGCACCUGCGGCGAUCAGGCCGGGGGAAUGGCGCCCUAGCCGAGCACCUUCGCAGGCCUUCAGCACGCUAUGAGUUCUUGGAGACGGCGCGGAGGGAGCCCCACGUGUACGACGACCCGGUGCCUCUGCGGCGGGAGAAGCGGGACAAGAUCUACGAGGAGCUCCGAGCCACGCCGGAGACGGAGUGCUCCACGCUGUCCGCGACGCCCUCAGACCCGGACAGCCUCAAGUCCUGCCAGUCCCUGCCGUGGCACAUCCCCAACUCUCGCCUCCUGCGAAACAACGACUUCAAUAACACAAGGAAGCCUGUCAGAGUCGAGCCACCCAAGUUGCCUAACCCGGGCGUGUGUGUACCUCAGUCCCCACUUGCUGCCUCGCCCACAUCCUCCACGAAAUCCACUCCAGGAAAGGAUUUCCGUCUCAUCCUCAUCCCGGAGACCAGCAAGAUGAUCCAGUUUGCCGUGGAGCGCGACACGAGGCUCAAGUCGUACUUUUCAACGGACGCGUCCUCGCCAGUCUCGGAUGGCAUGCCAAAGUUCCCAGUCAUAACGGAGGAAGAGGAGCUCAAGCUGAACGCCAAGGAAAGGGACGUCUGCAUUGUUCCAGGCGACCCUCAAAACUUAUGUCCGAGGGAGGCGUCCAUCAACAGUGGGCCUCCAGGCAACCAGAACUGUUUUGUUUCGGGAGACCCUCAAAAGCUGUAUCAAAGUGCGGUCAACAGAGGCUCUACUGGGAACCAGGACAGUUUUGUUUCCUACGACCCUCAAAAGUUACACCAUGGAGCACCUGCAGGGACCCAAGACCCAAGGAGGGUGGUGGUGCCAAGCGUGAGGGUGGAGUGCCAACCCGCUGCUGUUGAAAGAAUGAACAACCUGAACACUGUGAAUAACAACAUGGCCUGGAACUGCCACAUACUGCAACCACCGAAAGAAAAGAUUAUCAGCGUGGACGAGAACACGGCCCUGCUACCGCCGGGGACACCAGAGAAAAGAGUGACCUCCGUGUGCUGCAAAAACGCCCGAGUCUCUAGCCACAGACCCGAGCCUUCACCCACUGACCCGAAGCCUCCGUCCAUCACCCAUGAUGACACCCUGCCCCAAGAAGACGGCGACCAGAGGAAGGCAAGGGAACAAAACGCUGGCCUAGAGGAAAAACGCAAACAGGAAAAGGACACAGCGGGGGCGAGUGACGACCCGCCAAACAUAUCCAUCAUUUCCCUGCCUCUCGUGCACGGCGGGGAGGAGAAAGAGAAGGUUCCGGGCGUGCUGGAAAGCGGUGCGCCUUCCCUCCCUCUGCCCACGAGACACCACGGCUGUAGCGUCAUAAACAACAACAAUAACAGUGGUAGUGAGAGCAGACACCACCCCUACCGGCCUGCCCUGGCAAGCAUCAAGAGAAGCUACCGAUCGCCCUCCGCGGGCCAGCUCGCGGCCAUCCUCGACCCCAUGAUCGUCCCCGUGGAAGGCAUCAACAGCACCAGCAGCAGCAGCAGCAGCAUCACGCCACGCACCGCCAGCCAGCACAAGGCACGCGCAGGCCUCACAGCACUCUUCAGCCUAACAGCAUCCUCGUCCUCCAGUUCUCCUUCCUCCUCCUCCUCCGCGUCCUCGUCCUCCUCCUUGUCAUCGUCCUCCUCGGCCCUCCGUAAGCGUGGCCUCAAGAGGUCAGGAAGGAGAAGUCACCUGGCUAGUCCCUUCUGGCGGCCCCGCAGCCAUCCCACGACCUCUGGCCUGCACGCCGCGACCUCCCCAUCCUACCUUCACCCCGCUAACGCUUCCUCCUCAUCAGCCUCCUACUCCUCCUCCUCCUCUCCUCCAUCUCCAAGGUCAUCUUACUCCCUCUCCUCCACCUGCACUUCCUCCUCCUCCUCCUGCUUCCCAUACUCCUCCACCGCCUCCUCCUCGCCUCUCUCCUCCUUCUACUCCUCCGAAAACUCCCUCACCAUCUCGGUUUCUCUCUCGCAAGACGCCUCCUCCACCUCCUUCCCCUCUUCCGCUGCCUCGUCUUCCUCCUUCUCCUCGCCCUCCUCCUCUUCAUCAACCAGCUCUCCUCUUUCCUCCUUUCUCUCUCCCUCCCUCACCUCUCACUCCGCCUCCUCCUUCCUCUCCCUCUCCUCCUGUUCUACGUCCCCCGAAUCAACUUUUUCUGGACAAAUAACUCCAACUUGAGAGAGAGAGAGAGAGAGAGAGAGAGAGAGAGAGAGAGAGAGAGAGAGAGAGAGAGAGAGAGAGAGAGAGAGAGAGAGAGAGAGAGAGAGAGA